AUGUACGAAGGGAUUGACAACCUGAAAUCCCUUUACGACCGUGCCGGGAAGACUUUCUCCGGCGGUCCUUCUGCGGCACAGGAUGUGCCGCGUCGUACUGCUCAACCAGACCCAGUACGUCAACCAUCAGUUGGUAGCGGGGCUCCCGAGUAUCCCAGGACGGGGGAUAGCAGCGCCACUGGACGAGAUAACUCGUCCGACGUCCGUUCACGUCGCGAUGGUUCAACAUCUGCUCAACCAGAUAGCGCUGGCCACCGCGAGAGUCCUCUAAUGGAGGUGGAGGAGGAGGAAAGACGCUCUCCACACGAUCAUGGGGAUCCGUGUGUUCCCGAGAGCUUCUUUGAUCGCGUAACGCAAGGGUUACGCAACGAUCUCGAACAUGAGCGGGACAGGCGUCUCCAAAUGGCGGACACUGUCUUGAAGCAUCGACAUGAGUUCGCCUUUGCUCAGCUUGAGAACGAGAGAGCUUUGACAUUUUUGGUUGACGAGCUAAGGGUAGCUCGUGUGGAAAUCGACCGGUCUAGGGAUGAGAUAGCUGCUCUUCAGACCCUUGUUGAUGCCCACCAUCGGGAGCACAAGGCUCUCUGCGAGAUGCUUGAGCGCAAGGGCGUUCUUCAUCGGAAGAAGCAGCGUACUGAUGGUACGACUUAA